UAACCAAAUGCCGGCAACACUUUUCCCACUUUCCACACACACAUGAGUUCUCCCAAAGAUAAGGACGUAUUGAUCAUCGGAGCCGGAACGUUUGGGCUCUCCAGCGGGUUGUGGCUUCUCAGAAACGGCUUCAAGUCUGUUACCAUCAUCGACCCAAAACCGCUACCAUCAACCCUCAGUGCUGGAUACGACAUCAACAAGAUUAUUCAGCUGGCAUACCCCGAGGAUGCGGCCUUCACCGCCUCCUUAGCAGUCGAGGCAUUGGAAGGGUGGCAGAACGACCCGGUUUUCUACCCCCAUUUCUACGAAACAGGUAUAGUUUAUGCCACCAGUCAGGGCGAACCCAGUGCCGAGUAUGAGGAACUCGAAAGUGUUAGAAACUUCACCAAAUCGCAGAACCGAAAACACGAGACAGUGUUGUUGAACUCUCCCAACGAGUUUCGUGCGGUAGUCCCGCAAUUGACGGGACUGUUGGCCAACUGGAAGGGACAUUACCAGAAAACAGAGUGUGGGUGGGCAGACGCCAAAAGUGCCUUGGUGUCCGCCGGCAAGGAGUUUGCCCGGCUUGGUGGCCAGUACGUAGAGAGUGAAGUCGCUCGCUUACUCUACAAUGCCGAUAACACCGCCGUGUUGGGAUGUGUCACCAGUGAUGGUAGAAAGGUUUUUGCAGCCACCACCAUUGUGGCCGCCGGUGCGUCGUCUGUGAAAAUCAUGGACUUUGAAGACCAACUUUUGGCCAAGUGUUGGACGGUCGGCCAUAUCCGCUUGACACCCGACGAGGCAGCAUCCUUCAAGGGCAUGCCCGUGGUGUGUAACUUGGAAAAAGGGUUUUUCUUUGAGCCUGAUUACACCAAAAAUGAGUUGAAAAUCUGCAACGAAUUCCCAGGCUACACGCACUAUGUGGGCGACUCCACUGCGGCUGAUUCGUCGGUGCCCGUGUACAAGAACCAGAUCCCCCAUGUUGCCGAGCGGGACAUCCGUCUCCUUUUACAGGAGACAUUACCACAGUUGGCUGAUCGUCCGCUCGUGCAAGCCAAAAUCUGCUGGUGUACAGACACCCCCGACCGCAACUUCUUGGUGUGUGAACAUCCGCAAUACGGCGAGACGCUCGUGUUGGCUACCGGGGACUCGGGCCAUGGCUUCAAGCAUAUGCCCAGUAUUGGUAAGUAUGUUGCGAGACUUGUGAUGUACGGACCGGGUGGACUCGACUGCGAAAAACGCACCAAAUGGAGGUGGAGACCAGAGACAGCUAAGGACCGGAUCCAGGACCGGUUUGGGGGAGACGGCCAUGUAAAUGAUCUCAAAGACAUUACUGACUGGGUGUCUGCCAUAUCUAUAGCGCUAUAGGCUUCCAAUAAUAAAUAUCUAUCCAU